AUGACUACAGCCGCACGUCCAACCUUCGAUCCCGCCCGUGGUGGUACCGGUCGUGGCGAGAAAGAUUUGAGCGCACUAUCCAAACAGUACAGCAGUCGUGAUCUCCCUGGCCACACAAAGCUAAAGUACCGCGACCAAGGCCAGAAUACCACCGAGGAGCUCCGUAGCCGAGACUUCCGUGAGGAGCUCGAGAAACGCGAACGGGAUAACAAACAAGGAAAGGGUUCAGCAGUCGCUGCACAGCGCCGCAGCAUAGAGCAAGGAUCGGGGAGCGUUAGCGGAAGUGCAAAGCGACAGAAAAUUGAAGCACCACAAAACCUCGACGCAGAUGACCCUGUGGACAGUGAAAACUCUGAUUCGGACUCCGAUGAAGACGAUACUGCGGCACUUUUGGCUGAGCUGAACAAAAUUAAGCAAGAGCGAGCAGCCGAGACGGCCAAGAAAGAGCGAACCAAACAGCAGGAAGAUGAAAGGAUUCGUAUGGAAAACAUUCUGUCGGGUAACCCACUGCUGAACUAUUCCGCGUCUGCCAAGGCGGAAAUGAAGGUAAAACGUCGCUGGGAUGAUGAUGUAGUAUUCAAAAAUUGUGCCCGAUCGGAACCGGAAAAGAAGGCAAAUCAAUUCAUCAACGACUCGCUGCGAUCAGAUUUUCACAAGAAAUUUAUGGAUAAAUACAUUAAGUAG